UUGCAAUGUUGAGAAAUUCAGGAAAUUUGGACUGGACUGUAGUUAUACCGUUUUUGUUGAGCUCGUUGUGCGUGUUUCCUUUUAAAUUAGGGGGUUAAAAUAUGAAUGGAUAAGUAAGUGGCUAAAAUAUCUGUGACACAGACGCUGGACGACCGUCUCCGGAUUUAGUGAAGAAUCUGGUCUAUUUCUCUAAAAGCACUGCGUGAUGCUCCGCUGGAUUCUCGGCACUCGUGGCUCACAUGGGUCAGCUGAGAACCGCUGUGCUGCCCUUUGUAUUGGAGAGGAACAGCCCAAGAACUGUUACACUGAACUGCAGGUGCUUAGAGGGCAUUUCGACAUUGUACGAUUUUUGGUGCAGAUUGAUGACUUCAGAUUUGCAUCAGCAGGGGAUGAUGGGAUGGUGCUUGUUUGGAACAUUGAGAGUGGAGAGCGGCUGGUAGAAUUACGAGCUCAUACUCAACAGAUCACAGCUUUAACAGCGUGUACAUGCACCAACCCAGAAAAAACCCUCACAGCCCUUAUAACGGCUUCAUCGGACCGCAUGAUGUAUCUGUGGGAUGCAGACACAGGACACCGACUGCACACCGUGUCCAAUCUACAGUCUUCUGUUAAGUGUGUGUUGGUCUUGGAUCAUCUGGAUGUGUUUCUCUCUGGAGCCAAUGAGCUGUGUGUGUGGAAUAGAGACUUUCAGCUACAGUGUAAGACGGUACAUUACAAAGACUCUGGUAUCACUGCAUUAGUGGAUUUGCCCAAAUGCUGUGUUGCUGCUGCCAUAGACAGAGAGAUUGUAAUCUUCAAAUUGAAUCUGUCUGAACCUGAAAUGUCCAUCUUGGCCAUUCACCAUCUGACUGACCACCAAGACACAAUCCGGACGCUCAUCAGAGUCAACGGUGAUCUGUUUGCCAGUGGCUCUCACAUCGGAGAGGUCAUCCUUUGGGAUACCCUUGACUGGACAAUCCAGGCUUAUGAGCGUAUUUUGUGGGAGGAACCAGAUCGAGAGGGCCAAUCAGAGAUCAGAAUGGGGCAGCAGAAACAGAGUGAAGCAUCCAUUCAGCACCUGCACUCAGAUGGAGAGAGGGUAGUUGCAGCAGUGGGCAGUGGACUGUUUGUCUAUAACGCAAGGAUGAAGACGGUGGUGGCAUAUAGGAAGUUUGCUCAUGACUCUGAUGUUCUAUAUACCACGCUGCUACACAAUGGGCAGGUGAUGUCUUGUUCUGAAGAUGGCAGUGUCAGAAUCUGGGAGUUACAGGAGCUCCCCCUACCUGCAGAGCCUGCCUCCUCAGGGUUUUUCAGCUUGUUCAGCACCAUUGGGAGAUCCAGUAAACAGAGUAGUGUGCCAGCUAAGAAGCUUCUGGAAGUUUCUGGUCUGUGCUCACUGGAGUUGGUUGGUGAUCUGAUUGGUCACUCUGGAGCUGUGCAGAUGUUUCUGAGUUUUGGCAAGAGGGGAGUGGUCACUUGCUCAGCUGAUAAUCUGCUCAUUGUGUGGAAAGACGGAGAAAGAGAGUCACAUCUGCGCAGUUUGGCUCUGUUCCUGAAGCUGGAGGAGAAAGGGUGCCUCUGAACCUUCACACACUCACCCAAAAGCAGUUACGUGAUAUCAAUAGGGUGAGGUGAAGAGGAACAGGAUGCCAGGUUUUCUAAUAUGCAGCCUGCAAAGAACACUGGAUAUUUUUAAAGAAGACACAAAUGUCAUUCAAAGAAAGAGUGCAGAAAACACUUCUUUAAAAAAAAAAAAAAUGAAGCACGAGUACUCAAUACCGGUAGGUGGUGGUCAACUCCACCAUUGGUAUCUCACUCUGAAUGCCCGUGCUGUUUAAUAGAAAUUGUUGUUUGUUGCCUUUUUCUUCCUGCCUUUUUCAUGACAAUAACUGUGACUGAACAAAGAGUAAGAUAUAGCUGUUACUGUAACUGAGCAUGCUAAUAUUUUAUUCAACAGUGAUUUUUCAUUUUCAAAAUGCAAGGCUGCUGCAAGAAAUGCUAUUUAAGCAUUUCUGACAAAUCCUAUUGUAUGGAUGUUUUUAUUUUAUAGUCUAUUCAUUUGAUGAGUUGUAAAUCAUGUCAGUGAAUCUUUGAGGUUGUUUACAUUUUACAUGAUUUGAUUUUUUU